AUGUUACUGAUGCCUAGAUUAGUGCCAGUGCAAAGGACAACGAGUUUCUUUAAACAUAUUCCUUCUAUUUUGGUUAAUUCUAACAGAUCCUUUCAUGCCUCCCAGUUAAGAAAAGCAGGUAUAGAUGAGGAAGAGUCGAAAGUGCUUACCACUAUUCAAUCUAGUUUGACUGAUGCUGAUAACGUGGCUUUGAAUAAAUUGAGAAAUAUUGGUAUUUCUGCACAUAUAGAUUCUGGUAAGACUACAUUCACAGAACGUGUGUUGUAUUAUACUGGUAGAAUUGAUGCUAUCCAUGAAGUUCGUGGUAGAGAUAGUGUUGGUGCUAAGAUGGAUUCUAUGGACUUAGAGAGAGAAAAGGGCAUUACCAUCCAAAGUGCUGCAACUUACUGUUCCUGGGAGAAAGAUGGUCAGAAAUAUCAUUACAAUUUAAUUGAUACACCAGGCCAUAUUGAUUUCACUAUUGAAGUGGAAAGGGCUUUGAGAGUGUUAGAUGGUGCUGUCAUGAUUUUAUGUGCAGUAUCUGGUGUUCAAUCUCAAACUGUCACCGUUGAUAGGCAGAUGAGAAGAUACAACGUUCCUCGUAUUACCUUCAUUAAUAAGAUGGACCGUAUGGGUGCCAAUCCUUGGAGAGCUAUUGAACAAAUCAACAAUAAAUUAAAAAUUUCAGCAGCUGCUAUUCAAGUUCCAAUUGGUUCUGAGUCAGAAUUAAACGGUGUUGUUGAUAUUAUUAAUAGAGAAGCUUUGUAUAAUAAAGGUCCUCAAGGAGAAAUUGUUGAAAAGGGACCGGUGCCAGAUGAAUUAAAGGACUUAGUUGAAGAAAAAAGAUCAAUCUUGAUUGAAAAAUUAGCUGAUGUAGACGAUGAGAUUGCCGAACUAUUCAUUGAUGAACAAGAACCAACUGUCGAGCAAAUCAAAUCUGCUAUCAGAAGAGCUACUACGGCUAGAACGUUUACACCUGUUUUAAUGGGUACAGCUUUAGGAAAUACUGGUAUUCAACCUAUGCUUAAUGCUAUCGUCGAUUAUUUGCCAAAUCCUUCUGAAGUUGUGAACACAGCAUUGGACAUCUCAAAAAACGAAACUAAAGUAUCACUGAUUCCUUCAUUAAGUAAACCAUUUGUUGGUUUAGCAUUUAAAUUAGAAGAAGGUAAAUAUGGUCAACUAACGUAUAUUCGUGUUUAUCAAGGUAAAUUGAGGAAAGGUAGUUACAUUUCAAAUGUUAAGAAUGGUAAAAAAAUUAAGGUUGCCAGAUUAGUGAGAAUGCAUUCUGACGAAAUGGAAGAUGUUGAAGAAGUUGGCCCAGGUGAGAUUUGCGCUACAUUUGGUAUUGACUGUUCUUCAGGUGACACAUUUACUGAUGGUUCAUUACAAUAUUCCAUGACAUCCAUGUAUGUUCCAGAUGCAGUUGUUUCCCUUUCGAUCAAACCUAAGACAAAAGAUUCAACUAACUUUUCAAAAGCGUUUAAUCGUUUCCAGAAGGAAGAUCCAACUUUUAGAGUAAAGUUUGAUCCCGAAUCAAAAGAAACUAUCAUUUCUGGUAUGGGUGAACUUCAUUUAGAAAUUUAUGUCGAAAGAAUGAAAAGAGAAUACAACGUUGAAUGUGAAACAGGGAAACCACAAGUCUCUUACAGAGAAUCUAUUACAAUGCCAGCUGAUUUCGAUUAUGUUCAUAAGAAACAAUCCGGUGGUGCUGGUCAAUAUGGUAGAGUCAUUGGUACUUUAUCAAAUAUUGAAGGUGAAACCAAAGAAAACAUUUUUGAAACGGCUGUAGUCGGUGGUAAAAUUUCAGAAAAAUAUUUAGCAGCAUGUGGGAAAGGUUUUGAAGAGGCUUGUGAAAAAGGUCCUCUUACUGGUCACAGGGUCAUCGGUGUGAAGAUGUUAAUCAAUGAUGGUGCCAUUCAUGCGGUUGAUUCUAAUGAAUUGUCAUUCAAGACUGCCACCAUGAGUGCAUUUCGUGAAUCCUUCUUGAGAGCAAAUCCAGUUAUUUUGGAACCAAUAAUGACUGUCACAGUUACCUGUCCUAAUGAAUUUCAAGGUAAUGUGAAUAGUUUAUUAAAUAAACUUCAAGCUGUUAUUCAAGAUACUGAAAAUGGACACGAUGAAUUUACCAUCAAGGCUGAGUGUCCCUUAAGUACUAUGUUUGGAUUUGCUACUUCUUUAAGAGCAUCUACUCAAGGGAAAGGUGAAUUUUCUUUGGAGUUUAGUCAUUAUUCUGCAACGCCUCCACACGUUCAAAAACAAUUAAUGGCCGAAUACGCUAAAAAGCACAAAUAA